UAAGGCUAUGGCUACGGUUAUGGCUAUGGUGGAAAAUUUGCAGAGAUCAAAGAACAGAAGAUGGCACAAACGCUGGCAAUGCCCGUGGCACCUUCGCUCGCUAUCAUCUCCAAUUCUCGCCUCUCCAAGACACUCUCCGUUCCCGUUCUCAACAACCCAAAGUUUCAAGGGUUAAGCAUCAAGUGCGUUCGUGUUGGAGGUGUGGAGAUUCCGAACAACAAGCGAAUCGAGUACUCGCUGCAGUACAUUCAUGGAGUUGGCAGGACCAGAGCAAAACAGAUUCUGUGUGAUAUCCAAAUGGAUAACAAAAUCACGAAGGAACUCACUGAGGAGGAGCUCAUCACUCUCAGGGACGAAGUCUCCAAAUACAUGAUUGAAGGCGACCUGAGACGGUUCAAUGCGGUUAAUAUAAAGAGACUGAAGGACAUUCAGUGCUACAGAGGAAUAAGGCACAUUCAGGGGCUUCCUUGCAGAGGCCAGCGAACCAAGAACAAUUGCAGGACCUUGAAGGGUAAGAAGGUUGCCAUUGCCGGCAAAAAGAAAAAGUAAACGGCUCCUAUUUUUUGUGAUGUUGUUUUCUAAUGGUCAAUGUUGUAAGAAAAACAAUAAUGUUUUACUAUAAUUCGAUUGAUUUUGUUUAAUUCACGUGUAAUUUAUUGUAUUUGGAAGUUCAACUUGUGCUACUUGGCAAAGUAUGAAUCAACAAUCACUGCUUGGUCAUGUUGAAAAUUUAGUUCUGGGCAGACACACUUAGAUAAUGUUUCAUGAUCUUCUUGACAA